CACACACACACACACACACUAACGCACUGAUUGAUUGCAUAGGUAUUGAAUUUCUUUUUCCUUGAGAAUAAACUUUUUUGCUUUAAUUGCACUGGUGAUUUGUUUACCAACAUCAGUGUUUUAUAUUCAAUUUCUUUUUUUCGCUUUUUGUUUCACUUGUAUAUUUUCCGGUGCAAAAAAAAUGUCCAUUUUUAAUCACAACAACGAUGAUAAUGAUAAAAUGAAGAAAAAACAUAACGGUCAUAUCCAUUUUAAUCUUGAAGUUGAUGAUGAUGAUGAUAAUGAUAAUGUAGUGAGUGAUGACCAAAUAGAUAACGAAAACAAUCGCCGUCAUAGUCAAGAUAAUCAAAAAAGUGGUUGGGUCAAAAAAUUUCGAUUUUCAAGUUUAAAGAAAAAUAAAAAUAAAAAGACAAUUCCAUCAGAAGAACAGAAUGGCAUAAUCGAAAAUAAGACGAAGAAAAAUAAAUCCAACGAUGAAAUCGCUAUUAAGAAACAGAAAUUAAAACUUGUAAAAUAUCUAUCAACCGAAGAACCGAUUAUGAAAAAUAAAAUUCAAAUUGAUGAUAAUGAACGUGAAUUGUUGGCAACAUUGAAUCCCGCAAAUAAUAUUGAUGUAAAUAAAUAUUUCCGCAUACCGGAAUCAAAAAUUAAUGAUAAAUUAUGGCGUAUUCCAUAUGGAUUCCGUAACGAUGACGAUGAUGACGGUGAUUACGAUGCAACAGAAUUACCAAAAAUUAAUCGAUUCGGUGAAGGUGUUAAUGAUGGUUGUAUGAUUGGAUUGAAUUUACCAAAAAUCCAAUCAAAACAAAGAUUUAAAACCUGGCAACAGUUAAUUGAAUGUUCAGAUGAAGCAUUGUAUCAAUUUUCACAUCCAACAACCACUAGCGGUUCUGGACGAAGAAUUUAUAAUCGUCAAAAAAAUCGUCGUCGUGGUUCAAUACUACAGCCACGUCCUGUAUUUCUUAUGCCAAAUCCAGAGAUGGAUUGUUUACUUGCAAAUAAUCAAGAUAAAAAUAACAAGCUUCGUGAAUGGUCAUCGGAAUUAACGUUGGAUGUACGUCACGGUGGUUGUUGUGGUGAAGAAUUAUUGGACUCAAAUUUUCGCCAGAACAUACUUGAUAAUGUUUCUAUUGAUGAUUUAAGUAAUAUGCUUUAUCCAGAAUUGAAAUUAAGUUUCAAUGUGAAUGGAAUGAUGACAGAUUCAGAAAUGCGUUACAUACAAGCUGUAAGUAAUCGUCGUCGUCAAUCAUUGGUACCACCAACAUUUUCUGGUGGUGAUCCAACCGCAAUGACAUUUCGUAGACAAAGUUAUGGAGGUGGUCAAUUGUGGUCCACAGAAGUUGAACGGCAACAACAACAUGAAUGUUAUCAAGAUAAAGUUGCCUUGAUAAAUCCAGAAUUCCGUCAUCGAAGACAAUCAAAUCGAAUGAAUUCUUUAGCGACUCAAUUAUCAAUAUUUUCCGAUUUAACCAUUACCACAACAACUGAUACGGAUGAUGAAAAUUCAGAAAACAGCACCAACGAUAAUUUCAUUGAAUUUGAUCCAGAAUCCGAAGAACAAAUUAUUUUGUUUGCAAAUGAAUUGACGAUUAUUGUGAGAAAAUAUUUCAAUUCAAUUAAAUCAUCGGAAAUUAUUCACUUUUUUCUAAAUGUAACAAAUGCAAUGAAAACAUGUUCACAAAUCAAAGGUUUAUUACAUUUCCAGAAUCGUAUCGUACGUUUGAUUGCCACUUAUAUCCUCCAGCAUGAACAAUUAGAACAACGUGUACGGUCAAUUCUAUUCUUUAUACGGGUCAUUGGUCAUCUACAAAUAUUGAAUAAUUGGCAUUCAGUAAAUUUAAUUACAAAAAGUCUUCAAUGUCCACCUGUUGUAAGAUUGAAAGAUACAUGGCGUAAAAUAACAUUCGUUCAUCCAGAAGAUUAUUGUAAUUUUAUCGAAAUUUCUGAAGAUUUAGAAGCCGGUAAUCAAUGGCUUGCAUAUGAAACAGCUGGACGUUUCCUGCCCAUAUUUGAUGAUACGAUUGCAAUGAUUAAAGAACGUUGUGGCCUAAUGAUAGUACAGAUACAACAAUAUCGUUUUCAUCAAUCAUGGAAAAAUCAUGCGCGCGUGGAUGAUCAUGAUUUAAUUAAUUGGAUCAAUCAAGAAGUUGGUGAUAUUUUAAAAGAUUGUGGUGGUGCUCAACAACAUUUGGAUUAUCGAGAUGAUGAUAAACAGGAACGACCACAACGAAAAGAAUCAAUAGAUAGAAAAAAGCCUUUGGCGUUUUGGCAUCGAAUAUUUAAUCGCCGUGGUCAUGGAAAGGCCGAUGGCCCACUGGGUGAUGAUGAUGAUAAUCGACAACAAGAUAACGAUGAAGAUGUUCUGGAUGUGGAUGAUGAUGUACAUCAAACAAGAUUAUUGAAAGGAUCAAAAAAUGAAUUGACGAAUGUUGUACGACGUCGUCGUACAUCGAAAUCAAAUCGAAAAAUUAGCGUAGGACAACUGGCUAAUAAUAAUGGCCAUUCACAAUCAUCAACAUCAUCGAUACCAUCAUGUAAACAAUUCUGGACAUGGACUGAUUUUUAUAAACUUCGACAAUCGGAUCGUGAAAUGAUUAAACAGCAAAUUGUUCGAACAAUGGUCAAUAUACAGAAGAAAGCAUUCUAUGUAUUUGAAGAUCGUGAUGAACGAAUAAGAAAUUUUCUUUUGAAUUCAAAUUGUGAUUCAAUGGAUGCAUGUAUGCGACGAUCACAAAUGAUUGAAAAUAAAGAACAACAGCAACAACGCGUUGUUGAUAAGACAACAGCAAGCCAUUCAAUUGAUGAUGAUCAAGAUCGAUCGAUAAUCGAAAAUAAUGGUAAUAAUCAUCAAUCAAGAUUGUCAGCAUCGAUAACAAUUAAAAUAAAUGGCCAAAAUAAUAAAAAUGAUGGUUUGAACAACGACAACAACAACAACAACAGCAAUGAAGAACAACAUCAGCAACAACAAAUGAACAUGAAUGAUCAACAACAGACGAAAAAUUCAAAAAAACCAAAACGACGAGUCAUGUUUUCAUAACACAAGACAGCCAGUCAAUCAGGAUUGACAUUUUUUUUUUUUUUGCUGACAUUCAAAUCAAAUAAAAAUUCUAAUUUAAACAAUGAAA